CAUAAUUUUAAAGAAGCAAAUUAGUCGCGAAUGGAUUCUGAGUAUCGUUGGAAAACAUAUGGAAAUUACCGGCUUAUUUUAUGGGUUUGGAUGAUGGGAGAAGUAACAGUGGUCUUUUCACCUAUCGAAAUGUCGCACAACGGUUUCUAUUUCCACGGUGCUAUAUAUAUUCUCGCAGCGAUAUUUAUUGGAUUGCCAUUGGUUUAUUCGGAGAUUUGUAUAGCACAGUAUACGAAUUGUGAUGCAAUUUCUAUGUGGAAUUUAUUUCCGAUUCUACGGAGCGUCGGAGUUAUUGUUGGAGUGUUUUACGAAUUAAGAUUUUAUUACAAUUUAAAUUCAACACGUAACCUUUUUUAUCCUACUUCUAAAUGGGGUCCAGAAGAUAAAGUAUUGCUUAGAAGUAGAAAAAUGUUUGUACCUGAAAUUAUGACACGUGAAUUUCUAUACCGACAAGUAAGAAUACAUGGGUAUUUUAAAAACAAAGGCACUAAACGAAGAACAGUCACAAAUGAUCGAGAUAGGACUGUUUCUACUGAAAGAGCAGAAUGGAGCGCGUUGACUUCUAACUAAUAACUCUGUUUAUAAAGUUAUUUUA